GCCUUGCUCAGCCCCGAAGACAUGUCAGGAUGCGUCCGGGUUGGCCCGUAUGUACACCCUCAACUAGGUCUCUGUGUUAUCCAACGCGUCUUUUUUGCCAUCUUGGCAUGUCUGCCUUGCCCCUUCCCUUCAGACUUCUCGCCAGCAUCUCCUCCUUUCUUCACAGCACACUCACUCUACCGUAUACACGACUUGCUCUUGUUAUCAUCGUCGGUCGCUGAAGUCGGAUGGUGCGACGUCAAAGUGUCAAGCUUGCCCAACUGUCAACCUACCAACUUCAAUACCUCGUUGUUUUCUGGCCAUCAACACUCAAGGAUCCAUUUCAGUCCUCGACUCAACUAACCGAACUCGCUGUCUCGGGAUGGCAGACCUCUUUGGCCACAACUUUACUGGGUCCAAUGAUCCGAACUGGGUCCCAGAGCCCGACCGUCGUGGCACUUUCAACAUUCUUUCAACAUGUCUUGUUACGCUGGGUCUGUGCGUGUGGACAGCAAUUCACCUCAAUGUCCCUGAACACAAGGAAGGAUGGGUAAAACAGCUGGUCCGAAAGGCCGGGUGGAUGUUGAUGGGUCUCUUGAGUCCGGAAGCGAUUGCAUAUACAGCUUAUCAACAACACUAUCAGGCCCGAGCAAUCUCUCAGGCUAUGAAUUCCGCGAACAAUCCUUCCGACCACGUCGGUUACCGUUGUCGAGCUCGAAAUAGAGGUCCCUGGCGCUUCGUCACAUCUCUAUUCACAUCCUCGGACAGCAUUGAAGAUGAGGCAGUCGGUGUUCCCAAAUGGACUAUUGCUCAUGGAUUUCUUGCUGUCAUGGGGGGCUUUGCGAUUGAGAUCAACGAGAUCGGAAACGCCAACCAACGACGAAGCAAAGGAUUGGAAGAUUUGAUACCGGUUCUGCCAAGAGAGAGCAUUGACGACAAGAGCAAAGGGAGCACAUUAGCAAAAGCACUGGUUUGUUUCCAAGCAUCAUGGUUCUGCAUAGGGUGUGUUAACAGAUUUGCCCAGGGGCUCUCAAUAAGCUUAUUGGAACUCAAUACUCUUGGGCACGCUCUAUGUACCCUGUUCAUCUAUGCUAUGUGGUGGCACAAACCACUCGAUGUCGGUGAACCGGAAAAGAUAUCCCUCGAUGCAAGCUUGACCGGCGAGGACCUUAUAAAUGGUUCUAAACUUCUUGCGGCGAUGUGUGUCCACAGCGAACUUGAUGACACGUUGAGCGAAGUCGCGAAUCUUUACGAAGAACCGGAGGCCUUCGUGUUCGACGUGGAAUACAAGUAUCUUGAGCAAACAGCUUCUUUCGGCUGCACAAUUAAUAAGAACAUCGCGGUAUGCCCAGAAGACCUCGAUGCUGCUUACCCAAAUUACUUCGAUCAGCUUGACGGAAUGUCCGAACAAAAGCCCUAUCUUAUACACAGUCUCGUGUAUUCACCACUGAUGCAAAAAUACGCGUUAAAGAAGAGCAAACUUGCUCCUCCAACAAAAUGCUUGGUGAUAAUACGGAAAUCGGAUGCUUUACUGGAAUUAGUACGAACAACGUCCGGCGAUGCUACCGAGCGAAUCAUUUCAAACGAGCAACGUUCCGAUGUUUGGGCCAACGUGCUUCUACGCGAUCGGGAUUUUAAGUGGCGGGAACCAGAAGGGACGGGAAAGAAGAAGAUGGGCACAGUCCCGGAAUUCCUUUCGUACAAGUUGCCUGAUGUCUCGCUCCCCGACCAUGGCACAGUCAAGUGUCAGCCCAAUCCGCCUCAAGUUCCAUUGGUGUCUCGGCCCUUCAUUGAUAUCAGCCACUCUGACAUGAGAAGAUGGCAGUUGGCAAUGGCAUAUGAGAACAUUCUCGACAUACCUUCAAAUUUGCUCGUUGACAGGGCACGGAAUCUUCCGCGAUUUGAAGACUACGAGCAGUAUACAUCACUCUACUUCGGCUUCGGACUUGUCAGCCUCAUUUAUGGCGCGCUUCAUUGUCUCGCUUGGAACGCCCCGUUCACGUCAGUUGCAGAAACAAUCCUAUGGAGGCUGUCCAGUAUGGUUAUAGCCGCCAGCGGGAUCUUUGUGGUGGCCUUAUCAGCGUGGCAAAGAUAUCCCCCUUUUCGCUACAUAUCCUCUAUCGGAUUUGUCCUCGCAUUCAUGGUCAGCCUAUUGGAGAAAAGAUACCUAAAGCCAAUAGCUCAUAUCCUCAGCCUUGAAUGGGUGGAUAGCAGUUCGCGUUGGUCGCUGGCUGACAGAAUGCUGGCAGAAUACCGGGCUAUGCAUUUGCUGUCCAACUGGCCUCGGACAUGGCGAGGAGUUCUCUACCUGAGCAUCAUUGCCACUGUGCUUGCACUGUUCAGUCUCCCAAUUUUUGUGUUCUUCGCGGCUGUUAUACCAGCGAUGUUUCUACCUCUUCUUCUACGGCUCGUCUUUGACAUCGCCACAUGCUGUUUUAUACCGCUAUAUUUCCUGGCGCGGGGUUAUCUCGUGGUUGUUUCCUUUAUCAAUCUUGCUCACUUGUCCGACUCGGCGUAUUUACUGCCGUCAUGGUCCAAGUAUGUUCCGCAUAUUGGGUAAAUCUCGCCAGUUGGUUGCAGAGCAAGCAAAAAAAGAGGGCAUCUCAGGCGGAGGGGUGGAGAUUUUCUUUCUUCGGACAUCCUAUAUACAGUCCGAUACUAGUUUGUUUGUUAGCUUAGUACACUAGACACUCCUGGUAGUACAAUAUACAUAGUGCACUAGACGAAAU